AGAUAGACUUAACAGUUUUAAGCCCACUGGAGAAGAAUUAAUCAUAACUGCUGGCUAUGCCUUAUUUGUUCUCGCUCUUAUCGCUCCUCCAAACGUCCUUCUGUCGGCUGGUUUAACUGUUGAAAAGGUUUUCCAGCGAUUUUUGGGAAACGAAGAAUUGUUUUUCACAGCUUAUCACCUUCGUAGAACUACUCUUCUAUACUAUCUCUUCUAUUGCAUACCUUUGGGAUACUUCCUUUCUCUUCGUUUAUUUGGAAAUCCAGAGGUCGGCUUACUAAACACCGUCGGAAAUUACGGAGUUAUAACCUCCUUCGCAUUAGUUAUCGCUGCCUGGACUUAUAUCCACUUGGUUUGGUAUUCCAAUGGAAAGUGGACUGGACAUCCAACAAUGAAGGAAUUGAAGAAAAUAGCUCGCAAAAUUCCUUCACCAAGUACAUUUGCUACAUCUGAUGAGAUAGAAUUUCUUCAAAAUCAUCGAAACCCUGGUGGUGUUGUAUCAAGUAUCGACAAGGAGUUCAGAAUGAUGGAGAAGUUCGUAGCUUUCGCUGGUCGCGGUCUCACCUCCUCGUGGUCAGGUCGACGUAUUGUCGUUACUCCUUCGUGGAUUCUCUACUCACAUCGAACCAAAUUUUUGCCAAUCAGUCAAUUACUUGAUCGCAUACAAGCCGUUGUUGUGGCAACCCGUUGUAUCAACCAUCAAACUUUGUCAGCUGAUGAGGAUGAAGAAAGAGAAUCAUCAAACCCCUUACUUGGCAGUGGAGUUGUUAUGGCAACCAUCAGGAUUGCUGAUAUGGAUAGUGGUGUCUGCCUCCUUUCAUUCGACCUUCCAGCUAAUGAAAUUGAGAGCUUUCGUACUCAUCUCCGAUGCCAAUUAGCCUUUGCACAAGGUGUUUCAUUAGAGCCCAGCAUAAUUCAACGUUUUCUUGAAGUAUUCACGGCUGUGGUUCAUGAGAAUGAUCCUAUUGAAUGCCCCCUAUCUAUGGAGCUGGAGAAAUGUAUUGGCUGUCUAAUCACUCAGACUAACGUUGCCUUGCGUCAUUCUUGCGGUUCAAGCGAAUGUGGAUCUUGCCAAUGUCGUCCCAUGUGGUGUGUAACUUGUCUAGGUCGUUGGUUCGCCUCUCGUUUAGCCAAUGCUCGGGUUCCUAUGUCUGAUUGGCUGGGUUCCCGGGUUCCCAUGAGUGAGAUUAUGGCUAUUGUUUUCAGGAUUUCUAUGGGUUCACAGCAAAGUAUCCUUGAAGGAACAUCUGUUGGUCUUCCUGAAAUAGGAUUGGAAGAUCGUCAUGGAUCAUUGGUGUCUCUGCCCGGUGUUUCCCUUCCACUAUCACCCGGUAUACGACCCACUCUAUCACAUUCCAUGACAAUCAGAUUUCGCUCUGAUUCAGCUCAGAAGCGACGUCACCGUCCGGUCUCUUGUGUCAUUCCAGAUCCGGGAGCUGCAGCAACUCCGCAAAGUCAGAUUGUGGUUGUUUCGCAGGGUCCUCGGAAUCUCUACAGAUCUUCCUCCACCCCAAAAGUGUUUGGAUCGUCAGGAAAGUGGAGGGAAGAUCCGCAAUGGGAAGUCUAUCAGUUGGAACAUCGAGUGCCGAAAUUUGAACCCCUGGCUAAAUGGAAGGAUCUUGAGGGUAGCGAUUCCACACCGUUGGCUGAGAUGGUAGAAAUUUAUAAGAAACACUAUUCAACUGCUGCGGAUAUUGUUCUUCGCAAACAGGAUGAAAUCCUUCGACUUGAGCGGAAACUCGAAUAUGAAUCGAAGCAGGCACUGGAGUCAAUGCAGCUUCGUCAGCGAGGCGGCGGAUUUCAAACGGCCUUGCAGCAAAAUGCGUCACCACUACCACCACCAACAUCCUCUCCAACCAUGACAAUUACCAAAGCAGCAGGAAUCUACCAACUGGGGAGAAUUGCUAGAGGAAUAGGGGAAGUGAAUAGCAGAUUCAAGGAGUGUGAAAAGUUGUUAAAUGAGUUGAAACUCCAAGCCGAAGAAAUCGAUCGGGUUCUGGGAUCUAAAGGUGAAAAAGUUGACUUCUAG